AUCAAGCGUCAGGACACCGGGACAGACACAGGGGCACUGGGAUGGACACACGGACACAGGGGCAGACACAAGGAUGGACACUGUGACCGAGUUCCAGGACACUGGGAUGGACACGUGGACAUAGGGCCGGACACACAGGCAUGAGAACGGGCCUCGGGACACAAGGAAAGACACAUGGACACUAGGACAGACACACAGAGUGGCCCUGUGACACAGGGACAGACACACGGACAGACCCUGGGACACAGGGAUAGACACAUGAGCACAAGGAAGGACACACGGACAGACCCUGGGACACUGGGACAGAAACACGGGCACUAGGACAGACUCCAGGACGCUGGGACAGACAUUUGGACUCAAGGACGGACACAUGGACAGACCCUGGGACAAAGAGACAGACACACGAGCGCAAGGAUGGACACAGGGACAGACACACAGGGACAAGGACAGACUCCAGGACACGGGGACAGAUAUUCAGACACAAGGGUGGACACAUGGACAGACCCUGGGACAAAGGGACAGGCCCAUGGACACAAGGAUAGAGUCCAGGACAGUGGGACAGACAUGUGGAAACAAGGACGGACACACAGACAGGCCCUGGGACAGACAGAGAGACAGCGGGACAGAAGCCGGGGCACGGAGGCAUACGGACAAAGGGGCACCGGGCCGGACACCUGGGUGACACACGGACACGGGGACGGACACACAGACAAGCGGGCACACACCUGGACUGACAGACACCAGGACACACACCCGGACACGGGCGUCGGGACACGGUGGCACGUGGGGACAGACACAUGAGAAGUGGGACAGCGGGACACGGAUGAGUUUCCUCCCUCCUCGCUGACGACAGAUGCCGCCGGGGGCCGGGCGCGGCGGUGGGGCGACGGGACGCCACGGCUGAUGGCCCCCCGCCGCAGAUAAGGCAGCGCUCGGCGGGGCUGCCCGGUUGCCCCCCACGCCGGGAGGACCGCGUCCCCCCUCCCUGCCCCACGGCGUGGUGGCCAUGGAGGGCGCGUCGGUGCUCAGCCCGUCCUCGUGGGAGAAGCGGCGCGCGUGGGCCCGGCAGAGCCGCUGCUGGCGGACCACCGUGGUGGAGGAGGAGGCGGCCGCCGCCAUGCAGGACGUCCCCGAGCUGCAGCCGCCCCACCUGGACGAUGUCUUCCUCGAAGGAAGCCCCUCCAGCAAGAUAGAGACGUGGCUGCAGGAGUGCGGGUCGUCGGUGGAGGUCCCGUCGGAGGAGCUGGGCUUGCCGGGCCCCUACGGGUGUGGGAGCAACGGGACCAGCUUCGAGGAUGACCUGACCCUGGGAGCUGAAGCUCUUCUGCUACUGGGGAGCGACAAAGCCGCGGGCAGAGCUCCGCGGGACAAGCACCUCCACCUGGGGCACAGCAUGGCAUCCAGCGCCCUCUCCAGCCUCACCACCAAGACCAGUUCCAGCAUCACCGAGGUCCUGGAGUGGCGGCAGGCGGACGCCGAGGAGAUCCUCUACAGCCUGGGCUUCGUGCAGAGCGAGCCGGAGGCCGCGGCCCGCGUCCCCGCGCGCUUCUUCUCCGCUCCUUCCCGCGCCAAGGGCAUCGACUUCCAGCUCUUCCUCAAGGCCCAGGUGCGGCGCAUGGAGAUGGAGGACCCCUGCCUGAUGCUGGCCAGUCGCUUCCAGCAGGUCCAGGCUCUGGCUGCCACGGCCGACGCUUUCUUCUGCCUCUACUCCUACGUCUCGCGGACGCCCGUCCAGCGCAUCUCCCCGUCCCGCCUCGCCUGGCCUUGUCCCGACGUCCCCAGCGUCCCCAUCGCCCCCCCCCAGCCCAGCACCCUCUCGCCCGUGGAGCGCCUGAAGAAGGCCGUGGCCACCAUGUGCCUCUACACGUCCCCGAGGGACGAGGACAGCCCGCGAGGGACCGGCCGGGCGCCCGCCGCGGCCACCAGCCAGCCCAGUGCCCUGGGGAAGGUGGUGCAGGAGGUGCUGGAGCGGGCGCGGGGGGAACGGUUCCGCUUCGAGCCGCCCGAUGGCAUCCAGGGAAGGGACGGGGACACGGGGACGGCGCAGCAGUGGCGGGGUGCCCAGGGGGGUCCCCCAGCGUCAUCGUCACCGCGGGUGUGGGGUGACCCUGCGUGUCCCCAUUGCGGCGGUGCGGAUGCGCCGGCGUGCUGCGGCGGGGAGCAGGAGGUGUCCCCAAGGCCAGCCCCGGGGGGGACACCGGCGGACGCUGCGUGGGGACGCCUGGAGCGGUCCUGUCCCCAUGGCCGGGGGAGCGGUGCCAGCCCUGCGGGGGUGGCUCGGGGGGCCCGGGAUGCUCCGUGCCUGGUGGGCGCAGGAUGGGUCAGCACGGAGGGGCAGCAGCCAGGUGCCACUGCGAAUGUCACCUCGUCCCCGACGCUGGGUCCCCUGGCCCCCCACGCCGGCCGGGUGUGGGUCACCCCUGAGCACCCCGAGGGGCUGGGAUCCGAGGGGGACUCCGGCUUCGGCUCCGGCUCCUGGGGGACCUCCCCCAGGAGGAAGGCAGGGACCGGCGGGUGCCACCUGGGUGCCACCCUGGACCCCGCUGGGACACGUUCCCCCGGCUCGGACACACCGAGAGCCAGAGGCCACCGGGUUCGGCGGAGCAAGGGCCGGCACCGGGGGGGCUCCCCGGGGGCUGCGGGGCGGCAGCGGGGCGAUGCGCCGGGGCUGCAGCCCCCCGGGAAGGGUCCCUCGUCCCGGCGCCCCGGCUGGCAGGAGCCCACGGACUCCUUCGAGAUGGAGGAGGUGCUGAGCGCCAGCGAGGAGGAGGAGGAGGAGGAGGAGGAGGAAGAGGAGGAUGGCGAUGCCCGUGAUGAAGCCGCCCGGUGCCUCCAUCCCUCCGUCGGCAUCCGGAGAAGCUUCAUGCUGCACGCCGGCAGCGGGCAGUCCGACAGCAGCGGCUUCGUGGAGGAGCCCGUGCCCGGCCAGUCGCCCGUCGCCCGGCUCCAGGGCACCCACCAGACGGCCUGAGGCCACCGCGGAGGGACCUGGGCUUUGUCGGGGACCGUGCCACCGCGCUUCGGCCACCGAGAGCACCCUCAGCCGAGGGCUGAGCACGGCGUGUACACGCGGGUGUGGGUGUGGGUGCACGUGUGGGUGCACGUGUGGGUGUGGGUGCACGUGUGGGUGUUUGGCACAGAAAACCUUUCGACUCAGGACUUUUGCCCCGAGGGGCACAGGCGUGUCCCCUCUGCCCAGUUUGAUGGCGCUGGGGACACGGCUGCACCGGAGCAGCACUGGGAACAUGUCCCCCAGCCCCAUGACAGCACCGGGGACAUGUCCCCAAGUCCCAUGGCGGCACUGGGGACAUGUCCCCCAGCCUCAGGGCAGCAGAGGGGACACGUGCCCCUGCCCUGGGUAGCAUUGGGAGUAUGUCCCCAAGCCCCAGGGCAGCACGGGGGACAUGUCCCCAAGUCCCAGGGCAGCUCUGGGGACAUGUCUCCCAGCCUCAGGGCAGCACCAGGGACAUGUCCCCAAG